GAUUUUACUGGGAAUUAUUAUCCUUCUGAUAAUUUAUAUUCAAUGCAAAUUAUAGAAGAUUAUGAAGAUUAUUAUACACAUGAAUAUUAUAUGAAAGUUAAAUGUGUUGCUACAAAUGGUCUUGAUGUUUGGAUCCUUAUUUCAGGAUUUCCUGUUUAUUGCGAAUUCAAGAUUAAUGAAGAAAAUGAACAAAAUGAUAAUACAAAAAUACUAAAAAUACUUAAUUUUAUAACAUCUUUAAAUUAUACAAGUUGGACUAUAGAUACUAAAGAUGUUUUUGGAAAAAAAUUUCAUUUUUUACGAGUAUUUUUUAUGAAUCAUAAUAUUAGAAAACAAAUAAUUAAAAAAAUACAAUUGAAUAUUAAGAAUAAAGGUGAAAAUUAUGAGAUAUUUGAUUUAUAUGAAGAUGAUAUUUCAACUCUUUAUUCAGUUUUUAUAGCACCAAGAACUCAAGUUGUUAUUGAUGGAGUUAAAAGAGGAUUUCCAUUAUCUAAAACUUUUAAAACAAAUAGAACGUUAUCUAAAGAUAUGUAUCAAAAUAAAUUUAAUUAUAGAAUGUUAAAAUUUGAAGAUGAUUUUGAUGCAUAUAUAUCAAUGUAUUUUGAUUAUGAAACUGUUGAUAUUGAUAAUUUAAAAAAGAAUGAAUUAGGAAGAGUUUCUACUGGAUUUAUACAGGAUCGAGCAUUUAUGGGUGUAUUUGUUUUUUUUAAAGGACGAGAAAUAAAACCAUUUUAUAUUGUAGCAAUAUUAAUGCAAAAUGAUGAAUUUCCUGUAGAAUAUGAAAAAAUUAAUGAUAAUUGGUGGAAUAAUUUAGGAUAUGAUUGGAAAUUCAUAUUACGAAAAUUAUAUGAACUUCAAUUAUUUAGUGAUUUCAUGAGGAUAGCAACAGGAAAGGAAAAAGAAACAGAAGAUAUAAUUAAAUGGGAUCGACGUAAUGAUUAUAUUACUAUAAAUGCUA